CACAGAACACCAAGCGGUCAAGUCGCCUAGCCAAUGGCUGAGGGAGCGAGCGAGCUCCGCAGCUUUCUGCAUGCUUUCUGUUAUAGUUUCUGUUUUUGUCUCGAAGCGCCAACUUUUAUCAGUACAUAUUGUGUGGGUGGAUGCAUUCGUCGACGUUAAGAUGUCAGUCUUGCUUAACUAGCAAUUAGGCGCUACUUCUAAAACCGCACAAGAAAGCCUGGCAGGCGCAACGGCGUGAUGGCUGCGGUGCCUAUGUCAGCAUCCGUAUCAGCAGUGCCUCUCAAAACGAGAAGCAGGACUGUGAGAGCCACAGUACCCUUUUCACCCGAUGUUAAAUUGUCGUCGAGAAGGAAAAAAAAAAAGCCAGCCAACAAAGAGCCGAACUGUUGCAACAAGUGUGGUAUUGUUGUUAGGGGUGCGACAAGAGUUCUUUGUGCUGCAUGCGAACAGUCAACCUUGGACGUUAGACAUAAGGAAGCACAAAACAACCAGACAUUUGAGGAAGAGAAGAAGAAAUAUUUGGAUGAGGCAAAGUUAUUUGCAGUGAACCUUGCCGAAAAAUUCCAUGACGAUAAUGCAGAGCGUCUUUUUUGCCCGGUGUUCAAGCCACCUCGUGGAUCCUGUGCGUGUAUCCAGAAGUAUCUCAGUGGGGAUGGUUCGGACCAGAGGGUUCGCAGUCUGCUACAUCUUCUGCAGGAAGCCAAGAAAUUGUCAAAACAAAAGUGCUACAAUUGGGAAGAAGUAAAGCGCGUCGGUAAAAGCCAUGCAGUGGGCAUGGGCAAUGGUCAGAAGCACAGCGAGUCCUUCCAACUGUUUGUAAAUGAGCAUCGCCCUCAGUUACGUGAGCUAAAGCUAUGUGAGCGUGCAACACAGAAGGUGCUCUUCUAUUCCAACAACUUUCUUCACCGGUACCUCAAGACAGAGCCAAGUAAAGGCCGACGAAUUCAACGGACCAAGGGCAAAGCGGUGCUUGGAAAGCUCAAGAGCCUAGAAGAACUGGCCAAGGAAAAGUGCUGUCGGCAGAGAUGUGCAGGACUUGCUCAGCGAUAUGCAACGCUGGUCAGCCAGUGGCGGGAGCGGUCGCAAAUGGGCCAGACUGAGAAUCGCCGUGUCCUCGCCGAGAUGCUGACUCCUAGCGGACCAAACUCGACAAACUGCUACAAGUUUAUCUCUUGGGUUACAGGCUGCAGCUUCACGACAAUAGCCAAGGUCAGCAAGCAGAUGUUAGCCACUGGAGGGGAUCGUGAACCUCCACCGCACAAGCUGAAGAAGUUCUGGGACGCUAAAAACAGCUCGCAAGAAGAGAGUGUCUAGGACAAUGUAUUGUGAAGUGCCGUGUUGCUUUCAUUCUCCAUGUCCAUCUCUCUUUUGUCAGAUAUCGCUGUUUCACUUGCUGUUCAGCACUUGUGUGCAGUUUUCAAGGUAUGAGAUGCACGAUACAGCUUUUGUAGCCUGGUAAUCAUUAGAUGACAUGGCAUCAUAGUCAUCAGUAUGAAUGGAAUGUUAUGUGAGGGUGAAACCAAAUAACUGCUGCCUACUGUUGCCCAGUGUAAAAAAGGCAUUUGUUUAGUAAGGAGUUGUUGGGGAUUGAUUUAUAAAUUAAGUGAAAUGAGGUGAAAAAAAUGGGAUGACUUGAAACCAGAGUGUCAUGACAGUCUGGCAUCAUGUGCUUGUUGUACGUUUGUGCUGUUUCUAUAUGUUACUUGUGCUCCCUUUUUAUUCUACAAACAUGACCAAUGAUAGUUAGUUGUGCACUUUAUUAUCUUUUAAGUUCAUAAAGGUAAAACAAUAUCAGAUCUUCAUUACACUGUGUGUUUCUCAUCAUCUCUGUAUAGUGAUACCCCAUUGCAAUAAUAAUGCAUAUACACUUAUUCACCCAUUUCAUAAGAGGUCAUGCCCCAAUUUGUAGUGGAAGACAGCGCUUCGUCAAUUCAUCAGAAUAGUAGAGCAUCUUUCGUGCUCAUGGCAUCCAGCGAGGAGCAAUGAUCUUUUGCUGGGUGGGGUAGGAAAUGCUGACGCAGGCACAUGCUAAAUAUGUGAAGACAAUAGACAGUUAUAGUAUAGCGUACACAACUACAGUGUAGGCUAAGCAGCGCAUGUUUGUUACAGUUUUAGUUGCCCUGCGAGAUCUUCGGAUCUCAGAGGCUGUAUGCCGUUGUUGCAGCUAUCUCCUGACUCUAGCGAUAGGUGGCACUGACAUCUCGAAUGUUUCUUUCGUUAGGCUUUGACUCGUUCAAAACGAGAAGCGAUCUCGUGAGAUUUGAUUCCGUGACCUAGUACUUGGCAACGCAACACCAUAGCUGCUUAGCCACCACGGCGUGUGAACCAGUGGUUUUGUCAUGGUGCAAAAAUGCUGAAAUACUGAGCCAGUGCAAUGGGUUUCUUUACAGGAACGUUGUGUAUCUUUCGCAAUGAGCUUGCGGACAAAUUUCUGUGGUAAUUAAGGGAAAACCAUAGGGGUGGAGCUUCCGUACAUGUGUUACUUCAGCUACUAUACCGGAAGAGUUCGAUUGCACGUUUCGUUUCUUGUUACAGAUACUAGUGCAGCUUCCUUGUACAAUAGUUCCACAGUUGUGCAAAUGCAGAAAAGAAAAACAAAAAUAUCAAAUCAUAUUUAACACUUGGUGGUGUAUUCUGUUUUGUUUUACAGCGAAGCUGUUAGCCUCUCGGUAGUCAGCAUUUUUCAUCUCCGACUGUGAGCAGCAAUUAUCAUCAGCAGUGGCUCACCUGAACCCACAAAAAUGCAAUGGCCUAUCCCCUUCGUAAUGCAGAGGCUACUUUGCGUGCAUUCGUUGGAAUCACUCAUGCAACACAGAACACCAUACGUUUAAAUGAAGGACUAGCUCAAAACAAGCAUCUGUCAUCCUCGGCAAUGGCUCAUACCCACCCCCACCCAUAAGCAAGCAAAAAUGCGAUGGCUCAUACCCCUGUAAGGCAACGGCUACAAGUGAUAAGCUUAAUGAAGCAAACAUUGCAUACAUUCACUAAAAUCACCCAUACAACACGGAACAGCCUUUGAAUAAAGAACACGCUCAAAACAAGAAUCCGAACCAUCAAUAAAGCAUUGCCUUAUCCCCCGCGGCAAUUGUAGUGGUAGUUUUGCAACAGCUUUGCUGGACAUCCACUUUUGCAGCGCCGGGAUGGCGAGUCAACUUUUUGUCUGUUGUAAGAUCUUUAUGUUGACUUUUCCCCAGCUUAAACUAAUGCGGAUGCAAAUGGGAGAUUUUUUUUCCUGUGCGCUCUUGCUCUUGCACUUUGCAUAAAAGGUUUUCCACGAGUAUAGAACUUUCGCCUGAACACCAGAGUGAGUGUGUGAGAUUGCAAGUGUCAGAAAUGAGUGCUGAUGAACGUGGCUACAGUUUAUGGUCGUUGAAAAGGUACACUCAAGUGGUUUCAGUUCUAAUGUAGUUUUACCAAGCGCAGUAUUCUUGAGAAGAAAGAAAGUGUAUAGUAAUUGUAUAUUUACUUUUUGCCAACACUGAUCUAUGGGACCAGGAGUUGGAGGCUGACAAAGGAGCUUUUGUGCAAAUAAAACAAUUGGAAGACAUGUUA